GAGCUGUUCGGAGCAGACAGUCCUCAAUAAUGAAUCCAGAAGAGCGAAUCGUGACAUGGCUUAUAUCCUUGGGAGUUUUAGAUUCCCCAAAAAAGACCAUCUGUGAUCCGGAGGAGUUCUUGAAGUCCUCGCUGAAAAAUGGGGUAGUGCUGUGCAAGCUGAUCAGCAGACUGAGGCCUGGCUCUGUAGAAAAGUACUGUCUGGAGCCCCAAACAGAAGCUGAUUGCAUCAACAACAUCAACGACUUCCUGAAAGGAUGUGCAACCCUUCAAGUGGAGGUAUUUGAUCCUGAUGACCUUUAUUCAGGGGUCAAUUUCUCCAAGGUUCUCAGCACUCUUUUAGCUGUCAACAAAGCAACAGAAGAUCAACUAUCAGAAAGACCAUGUGGACGUUCCUCUUCUCUUAGUGCUGCUUAUAGUUCUCAGACAAACCCACAGGGAGCAGUUUCUAGCACAGCUCCAGGGCUGCAGAGGCAGUCAAAGGCAGUGGAGAUGACGGAAAAUGGAAGUCACCAGUUGAUAGUAAAGGCAAGAUUCAACUUUAAGCAGACCAAUGAAGAUGAACUGUCAGUCUGUAAAGGGGAUAUCAUUUAUGUCACUAGGGUUGAAGAAGGAGGCUGGUGGGAAGGCACAUUAAAUGGGAGAACAGGCUGGUUUCCUAGUAAUUAUGUCCGAGAAAUUAAAUCCAGUGAGAGACCUCUUUCCCCCAAGGCUGUCAAAGGAUUUGAAACUACUCCACUUACCAAGAAUUAUUAUUCUGUGGUGUUACAGAACAUCCUGGACACUGAAAAAGAAUAUGCUAAAGAACUUCAGUCUCUUCUUGUUACGUACUUAAGACCCCUGCAGUCCAAUAACAAUCUGAGUACUGUGGAGUUUACAUCUUUAUUGGGAAACUUUGAGGAAGUAUGCACAUUUCAACAGACACUCUGCCAAGCCUUGGAAGAAUGUUCGAAGUUUCCAGAAAACCAACACAAAGUAGGAGGUUGUCUUCUGAACCUCAUGCCUCAUUUUAAAUCCAUGUAUCUGGCUUACUGUGCAAAUCAUCCUUCGGCUGUAAAUGUACUCACUCAGCACAGUGAUGAUCUAGAGCAAUUUAUGGAAAAUCAAGGCGCAUCCAGCCCAGGUAUCCUCAUUUUAACAACAAGCCUCAGCAAACCAUUCAUGCGACUGGAGAAGUAUGUUACUCUCUUGCAAGAGUUGGAACGGCAUAUGGAGGAUACGCAUCCAGAUCAUCAGGAUAUUCUGAAAGCAAUCAUAGCAUUCAAAACUCUCAUGGGGCAGUGCCAAGAUUUAAGAAAGAGAAAACAGCUGGAGUUGCAGAUACUAUCUGAACCUAUUCAGGCAUGGGAAGGCGAGGAUAUUAAAACCUUGGGAAAUGUGAUUUUUAUGUCACAAGUAAUGGUGCAGUAUGGAACAUGUGAGGAGGAGGAGAUGAGAUGUCUCGGUACCAUGUUAUUUUCAAAUGUCUUAAUAAUGUUAUCUGCAAGUCCUCGGAUGAGUGGCUUUAUCUAUCAGGUUAGUAGAUUUCAUAUAAAAGAAAAAGUAGGAACCAUAAUGAAAAGAGGGAAUGACUACAUAUUUGAAAUCACAGGUAACAUAAUAGAGAGAAUUGUGGUUCACUGCAACAACAACCAGGAUUUCCAAGAAUGGCUGGAACAGCUGUGCAGACUGAUUAGAGGACCUGCCUCCUGCAGUUCGUUAUCCAAGACAUCAUUGUCAUCUUGUAGUGCUCAUUCUUCUUUUAGUUCUACCGGACAGACUCGAGGACCCUUGGAGCCUCCUCAAAUUAUAAAACCAUGGAGUUUAAGUUGUCUACGACCUGCACCUCCACUUAGACCAUCAGCAGCUCUAGGUUAUAAAGAGAGGAUGUCUUAUAUCUUAAAGGAGUCUAGUAAAAGCCCCAAAACAAUGAAGAAGUUUCUUCAUAAAAGAAAGACUGAAAGAAAGCCAUCAGAGGAGGAAUAUGUGAUUCGAAAAAGUACAGCUGCUCUGGAAGAAGACGCUCAGAUUCUUAAAGUGAUUGAAGCCUACUGUACCAGCGCAAACUUUCAACAAGGCCAUAGCUCAAGUGCUCGCAAGGAUUCAGUUCCACAAGUCUUACUCCCCGAGGAAGAGAAACUCAUCAUUGAAGAAACCAGAAGCAACGGCCAGACCAUCAUUGAAGAAAAGAGCCUCGUUGACACUGUUUAUGCCUUGAAGGAUGAGGUCAAAGAACUAAAACAGGAGAAUAAAAGAAUGAAGCAAUGCUUGGAAGAAGAAUUGAAAUCAAGAAGGGACCUAGAAAAGCUGGUCCGGAGGCUGUUGAAGCAAACUGAUGAGUGCGUUCGGGCUGAGUCCAGUAGCAAGACCUCCAUUCUUCCAUAACCAUUACUGUGCAGCUGGGUAGAGUGUGCCAUCAGCAUAUCUUGAAAUGUCCAGCUGAAUGGUUUGGCUCAGUUUGCUCACCUCUCUGGUUUUUAUUUUGUAUUUGAGUCAGCCCCUUUCCCCUCUGUUUGCUUGAAUGCUCAUUGUUGGUUGGUUGGUUACAUUUUUUCAAUAGGGGUAAAGGCAAAAAGUGGUAGUAAAAGUCUCCUUAGCAUCUUUUCCAUUCAAUAACAAAAAGAAAGCUAAUGUAGGCAAAUGACUUAAGUGGUCUUCAGAUGGCCUUCAAUUCAUAGUGCCUCUUUAACAACCAUUACUCUUUUGGGGCUGGCUACGAUCCCAAAGCAGCUGGCCAUGGCUUAUUAAAGGUGAACUUGACUUUUCCCCCAAUGCUUUCCUAUACCUGGAAGCCCCCCAGUACUUAAUUUACUGAAAGCAAAACUUUUUGAGCUAUGGCUAGAAUAGGGUGACAGAUGAACACAUUUGCCCAAUGAUCCAGUUGCCCUUCCCUGAACCAUCAUGUGCCACUCCUCAAUGUACACUUUUUUUAAUUACUGCCCUCUGCUGUCUAUAAGACCAAGAAAACAGUAAUGCCCCUAUUUACCUUGUGUUGGUUUACAUUUUAACUCUGUGGGUCAGAAGUUCUGGUCAUCCAUGCCAACACCAAAUCCAUUAGCAAGUUGCACUAGAUAGUCCUCACUUCAGCAGCAGAGUUGACCAUCUCUACCCCAGUACAUGAUAUGAUUUUCCCCUAGCCUUCUGCCUCGUGUGUAAGUUUAAUAUCUCCCCAGUGCUUUUGGCCAACCAUACCAAGUGGUGUUUAAACUAGUAUAUGUAUGCUUUGCUUACUUUUUAAAAAUAUAGACUGUGAGCAGUUACUUUACUUACAUUGUAUAUUCAAAUUACGACUUCUCUCAUCUUUUUUAAAACAAUCUUUCAUUGAGGAAAUAUUGUGCCCUAGUAGAUAGCUUUAACUCACUUUAAUGCUCUCCCAUAUAUGCUGUGAGAAGCUGUAAUAUUCAUCAGCCUCUUUGAGUAAGACUUCUUUGCAUAUCUGGGAAGAAAAGGCUACUCUAGUAGCUGUGUGUUGGUUACUAGUGAAGCUGAUUCUUUGAAAUUGGUUUAUUCAAGUUGCUUAUCAAAUCAAAUCAUCGUCUUUGCCAGUAUCUCAGAAAUUAAAACUGUGAUGAACCAGGUUUAGAUGAUGGUCACAGAAGGGCAGCACACAUCCAAAUUUCAUAUAAUCAAAAGUCAGCCCAAGGCUCUCUCUCCCAAAUUGGUGAAAUUUGUCCAGGUGUUCAAGAUGAACUGGAAAGAGAGCAGAAGGCCAAUGGACUAAUCAAAGUUGUUUUCCAGAUACAUUUAAUGAGUGCCUAUAAAUGUGGGUUUUACGAAUGUUGUUUAGAAAUCAAACUUGAAGUUUGAAACCUCCAACUUGCCAAGCCCUUUUUCUUUCUAGUACUGGGGGUCUCAAAUUCCUGUAGCUACAUGGUACGGGGCUGUUGACUGCUUGCUGCACAGCAGAAAUUACACCAUCCACAGGAAAUGGACUAUUCCUGCAGUCCAAAUCAGCCAACCACACAUGACUGUCAUGGGAAGCUAAGAGUGAAGGAGAUUUCUAGGAAUUGGCUGUCAUUCUGUUUAAGCACAGCAGUUUAGAUAUGCCAUCUUUCACCUAAAAAUUGAAAA